GUAAAGAAGAUUUAUAAAUACCUUUUCUUUUUUUCCCUCAUUCAACCUUAUCUUAAACAUAUAUAAUAUUUGUAUACGCAUAUACACAUGUAUACACAUAUGUAUAUAUAAAUAGGACAGUGGACACCAGCAAAGUACAGUUCAUCAAAAGCCUACAAACCCUAACAAACUGCCAGCAAAGCUACUCUCUCCCCUUCUCUCUCUGGAUCUCACAGUACUUCAUUUACACUCUUCCUGUAUGUUCUAGCAUUUCUUCAGCUAUUGCAUGGUCACUCUGAAACAUGGCCUCCGCAUGUUUAAAGACCAUCGGAGUUUCGCCGGAAAACUUCCCGCCGGCGCCUAAGUGCUCCUCCUACGGUUGGCUGAGUCCCAGAGUAUCCUUCACCCGCGAAGAGGAAUCGUCGAAGAGCAAACCGGGUUCGGAUUCUUCUUCCGGUUCGGAUCCAGUGUUGUCUGAUCCCGGUGACUUUGAGUUCCGUCUGGGGGAGUAUCCUGUCGCUAUGCUUCCGGCCGACGAGCUUUUCCUUGACGGGAAACUUAUGCCGCUUCAACUCUCAUCGUCCGUCACUACGACAACCAACAUCUCCUCUUAUAACUUCUCCCUUCCGGAGAUGAGGUCACCAGAGACGGAGAAGUCUAUCUCCGGUGUCGAUCCUUACUUAUUCUCUCCUAAAGCUCCGAGAUGCUCGAGUCGGUGGAGGGAGCUUCUCGGGUUGAAGAAGCUGAACCAGAACCAGAACCAGAACCAGAACCAGAACCAGAACCAAACACAAAGUACCAAGGCCCAAUCUCAGAAAACGGCGUCGUUUUUGCCUUCCAACACAAACUCCUCAGCCGCCAAAUCUCUGAAGCUUCUCCUAGAUAGAGUCUCGAAAACCACUUCAAAUUUUCCUUCGUCAGCAUCACUGGAUGCGUCACUGAGUCUGCCAUUGUUGAAGGACACCGAUUCCGAGUCCGUGUCCAUCUCCUCCUCACGUUUGUCUCUCUCCUCGUCGUCCUCAAGCCACGACCACGACCACGACCACGACCACGACCACGACCUCCCUCGUCUCUCUCUGGAUUCCGAAAAGCCAAAUCCCGGCCCUAGUCCGAACCCCUUUUUGCGAAAUCCGAAUCCGAACCCGCCCCGUAUGAGACUUGUCAAGGCAAGGACAGAAAAUGUGACAAGCAGUAACAACACCAGCAGUGGAUGUAAUACGGGUCGGGCGGUAAGGAGCCCCAUGCGUAGGCAAGUUAAUACUGGGGAAUCGGGUCGGGGAGUUUCGGCGGAUAGUCCGAGAAUGAACUCAUCCGGUAAGGUAGUGUUUCAAAGCUUGGCGAGGAGUUCAAGCAGUCCAAGUGCCUUCAAUGGAGGACCAAGAUUAAAACACAGAGGCAUGGAGAGGUCUUAUUCAGCAAAUGUGAGGGUCACUCCGGUUCUCAAUGUUCCUGUUUGUACACUUCGUGGGUCUUCCAAGUCCGGGUCCGUUUUCGGGUUCGGGCAGUUGUUCUCAUCUUCACCACAGAAGAGAGAAGGCAAUGGAGGCGGAGGAAGCAACUCCAUUAAAGUCCAACGGAAUAGUAGGAACCGGAUCGGUGACCGAAGCUGAACAAACCAGUGAAGCUGCUUGACAGAGUAACCCCAGUAUAUAAAAUGCACUGAUUUUGAUUUUGAAUUUUGUAGUCGUUGAAGCUAACCCUGGUAGUGAAAGAGAUAGUUAAUCUCGUAAUUAGGUUUUUCAGGGUUUCUAUAUCUUCAAUUUUCUUUGUUUCUUCACUGAGCUCAUGACCUGGGAAAAAAAAUCUCUGUUUUUUGCUGUUCAA